AUGAAACGGAUGAUAGAUGCAUCUUUUGCAGUACAUCCAGAUUUCAAAAGCCAUCCUGGUGGCACGCUAUCCUUUGGAGGAGGUGCAGCUCAAGUGAUGUCAACGAAACUAAAGCUAACCAGCAGAAGCAGUAUGGAAGCGGAACUGAUUGCUGUUGACGAUGUUGUCACAAUGAUACUAUGGACAAAGUUGUUCAUGGAGUGGCAAGGGUAUCCAACCAAGAAGAAUAUCUUGUAUCAGGAUGACAAAAGCACAAUUCUAUUAGAAGAGAACGGAUGUAAGAGCACAAGCAAAAUAAGCAGAGCUGUCAAUAUUUGUUAUUUCUUUAUCACAGAUCAAGUGGCAAAAGGAAAUGUUAAGACCAACUACUGUCCAACCAAUAAUAUGAUUGCGGGUUUCAUGACUAAGCCAUUGCAAGGUGAGAAGUUUCGCAAGUUCAGGGAUCUGAUUCUUGGUCCACAGGAAUAG